AUGUUUAAUUCAGAAAGUUGGGAAUCUAGUAUUGAAGAAAGGGUUCACGGAAACAUCCAGAGUACUGUUUUGUCAGGGUUGAACCCGGACACGUUCUACAGUUUCCGGGUCCAGGCAGAGAACAGUCUUGGUUCCGGGUACCCUAGUCCAGUGCAGUCCAUCAGGACGAGUCAGGAUGCUCCGAGUGGAGCUCCGGAACAGGUUUCUGUUAAACCGACCAGCUCACAAUCUUUACUCGUCACGUGGAGGGCUCCUAAACCUGAACUACGGCACGGACUGAUCCAAGGAUACAAUAUCUUCUAUGCUUCUCUGGAAUCUACUGAUAUUCAGGAACCCUACACGGUCUGCUACUACAGGAGACGAUUAGUAUCUCAGAAGGAGAAGAUAGGGACAAGGUUUGAGUUGAAGGGUUUACGAAAGUUUACUGAAUACUCCAUAUACCUGGAAGCAUACAACCAGGUUGGGACGAGCCCGAAGAGUUCUCCAAGUGUGAUUGCAAGAACUCUAGAGGACGCUCCGAGUGCUCCUCCGAACAGGGUUGAAUGCUCUGGGUUGGAUUCAACGUCUCUCCAGGUUUCUUGGUUCGAACCUUCUCCUGUUCAUAUCCACGGUUUGCUGCAGGGAUACUUUAUAUUCUAUUCUCCUCUGCUAGAGUGGGAAGAAAGCCCAUCGGUGGAGAAUCUGACUACAAGAGCAAGAUCGGAGAAGAUAUCAGGGUUGGCAAGAUGGCAGAACUAUACCGUCUCCGUAUCCGCGUAUAACAGAGCAGGGUUGGGUGUCAGAAGUCGACCCAUUUAUUGCUCCACACUUGAGUCACUACCCGGAGCUCCGGCAAAUAUUAAAACCAUCUCUGUAUCGUCUAACUCCGUCCUAGUGACCUGGUUACCACCGAUCCAUCCCAACGGUCGGAUCACUUUAUACAAGGUUUACAUGAAAACUAUGCUUGAAGGACAACCUUUUACGGAACUGACAGAGGUUUAUCCUUCCGAGACGAGCAAAGUUUUCGAAAAACUGAAUCCGGGCCAACCCUACUCCUGGUCCGUUACUGCCCUCACAAUAGUUGGAGAAGGACCAAGAUCUGACACAGUAACGGAGACACCUCUGUACCAGGGAGAGAAAGGACCGGAGAUGCUCGGAUUCUCUAAGUUCUUGAUCCAAGCUGAAGGAGACAACCUGGAGCUAAGCUGCAGGAAUAUAGGAAACCCGCCUGCUAGGAUAGAUUGGGAAUACAAAACUAAUUUUGUAUUUGCUCGGUUGAGUGGAGACAAGUUGGAGAAUAUAGAGAUGUCUAGAGGAGGGAGACCUAGGAGCUUAAGGUUCGACUCCUUGAGGGUUGAGAACUCCGGGAAUUAUACUUGCUCAGCUACCAACAAACUAGGAGGAGCUCAGAUAUUCUAUUCUCUCCAGGUCAAAUUGAGUCGGAGUAACGGUGUAGUUCCUUAUCCACCAACCCUACGGAUAGUAACAGUGAACCAGACUAGUAUAACCUUAUCUUGGGAUACUCAUCCCACAGGAGGAUCCAGUAUACUCAACUACAGGAUAUACUUCAGGCGUGAGGCUGGUAGCUGGGAGGAGAAAUAUGUUAGUAUAUCAUCCUUCUCUCCUACUAUCUAUCCUUACUUGGAGACGGUUGGAAAUCUAAAGUGUGGGUCCAGGCACUUCUUCCAGAUCUCCGCCACUAAUGAUUUUGGAACAAGUUCAAGAUCAACGGAGAUUUCAACACUUACCCUCGGGUCUCCACCAAUAGCUCCACCACAGGAGAAACUUCUCUACAUGAACCCAGGAUCCAACCUUGUACUACUCCUGGAGAGCUGGAAGGACGGGGGGUGUCCAAUAUCCUCCUUUGUAGUCGAGUACAGGGAGGGAAGUCAGGACUGGCAUCUUCUCUCUAAUCUUCUCUCUCCGGAAACUAAAAGGAAAGAUUGA